AUGCGAGAAUGUAUAUCAAUCCACGUUGGUCAAGCCGGAGUUCAAAUUGGAAAUGCAUGUUGGGAAUUGUAUUGUUUAGAGCAUGGAAUUCAACCCGAUGGUCAAAUGCCAUCAGAUAAAACAAUCGGUGGUGGAGACGAUUCUUUCAAUACCUUCUUUAGUGAAACUGGUGCUGGAAAACAUGUUCCACGUGCCGUGUUUGUCGACUUGGAACCGACUGUUAUUGAUGAAGUAAGAACGGGCACGUAUCGUCAAUUAUUUCAUCCAGAACAAUUGAUCACAGGAAAAGAAGAUGCUGCUAAUAAUUAUGCACGUGGACAUUAUACAAUUGGAAAAGAAAUUGCUGACCUCGUUCUAGAUCGUAUUCGUAAAUUGGCAGAUCAAUGUACCGGACUUCAGGGCUUUCUUAUAUUUCACUCAUUUGGUGAUUCUCACUCUCGUCCUGCAAUUAUGUGUACUUCACAUGGACUUUUUUUAAGCGUCAGCACAGGUGGCACUGGUUCUGGUUUUACAUCAUUGUUAAUGGAACGUUUGAGUGUUGAUUAUGGAAAAAAGUCAAAAUUGGAAUUCGCUGUCUAUCCGGCACCACAAAUAUCUACAGCCGUAGUUGAACCAUACAAUUCCAUUUUGACAACACACACAACAUUGGAACAUUCAGAUUGUGCUUUCAUGGUUGACAAUGAAGCCAUGUACGAUAUAUGUAGAAGAAAUUUGGAUAUUGAACGACCAACGUAUACUAAUUUGAACCGUCUCAUUGCUCAAGUUGUCAGUUCUAUCACAGCAUCGCUUCGUUUUGAUGGUGCAUUAAAUGUUGAUCUCACAGAAUUUCAGACAAAUUUGGUACCAUAUCCUCGAAUUCAUUUUCCCUUAGCAACCUAUGCUCCAAUUAUUUCAGCAGAAAAAGCAUAUCAUGAACAACUAACAGUUGCUGAAAUUACAAAUGCUGUUUUUGAACCAGCGAAUCAAAUGGUCAAAUGUGAUCCAAGACACGGUAAAUAUAUGGCCUGUUGUUUAUUAUAUCGUGGUGAUGUUGUGCCAAAAGAUGUAAAUGCAGCAAUAGCAACAAUAAAAACAAAACGAACAAUUCAGUUUGUCGAUUGGUGUCCAACAGGUUUUAAAGUUGGAAUUAACUAUCAACCGCCAACAGUUGUGCCAGGUGGUGAUCUGGCUAAAGUGCAACGAGCUGUUUGUAUGUUGUCAAAUACAACUGCUAUUGCAGAAGCAUGGGCUCGUCUUGAUCACAAAUUUGAUUUGAUGUAUGCUAAACGUGCCUUUGUUCACUGGUACGUCGGUGAAGGUAUGGAAGAAGGUGAAUUUAGUGAAGCACGUGAAGAUUUGGCUGCAUUAGAAAAAGAUUACGAAGAAGUUGGAGUAGACAGUGUUGAAGGUGAAGGUGAAGGCGAAGGUGAAGAAUAUUGA